CCAGCAGUGUGGAGUGGUACAGCCCAACAUGGCUGCCUCCAUCCUACAACGCUUUCUCCUGUCUGUCAGGACUACUUCAAAAUAUGUGACUCCGUGUUUAAGUGGCAGAAGAUGUCUGCUCUCAGCGGCAUACACAGACACCAGAGUGUGGCAGCAAAGAGAACACCAGCCUCAAAACCUCGCUAAACUGGCCUCUCUCAUGGACAAGACGUAUGAGAAAAAGCUUCCAGUUAGCUCUUUGACAAUAUCACAGUUUGUAGACAAUAUAUCGUCUAGAGAGGAAGUUGACCAAGCAGAGUAUUAUUUAUACAAGUUUCGACACAGUCCAAACUGCUGGUAUCUCCGUGACUGGACCAUUCAUAGCUGGUUUCGACAGUGCAUUAAAUUUGGAGCCAGAGACAGAGCUCUGUACACACUUAAGAAUAAGGUACAAUUUGGAAUGUUUCCAGAUGAGUUCACAUUUAAUAUCCUGAUUGACUCUUUCUUAAAAGAUAAAGACUACAAGGGAGCCUGCUCAGUUGUUGAGGAGGUGAUGCUACAGGAAGCUUUUGACCUCCCUACGACUCAGAUCUUAUCUCUGUUUUCCCUGAGCAAGUAUUUUGCAACCAAGCCAGAUAUGAGUUGGCAGGAGGAGAGAAACAUGGGAGCAGCUCUUCUGCUGGCUGGACUAAAGCAGGAAAAUUCUGCUGGCCUUAGUGCACAGUUACUUGGUUAUGCACUCAUUGGUAAAGUAGAGAUGGCCAGAGGAAUCCAUGCAGUGUUUCACAACAUGCCCUUGAUUUGGUUUCCUGGUUAUUUCGGUAAAGCCCUGGAUGUUAUGGAGCGAGUGUGCAAUGAUGCUGGGGAUUUAAAACUAUGCCAGGAAAUUCUUAACUACAUGCAGAUAACACUGCAGGAACUCUUGUCAACACUUGCUUCUGAAGCAAUUGAGGAGAAAGCCACAGAAACCCAGACUGUUAACAUAGAUGAUGAUGAUGAGUUUGAAAGAGCCAAACUACCACAGUACACAGCUAGGUUCAAGGAGCUAAACGAACAGCUCCACACACAAGGGAAAGUGGAGAUGCGCAAUCUGGAUACACUUGUGUCCAUCCUGGCUGAAGAGAAUCUGAAGGCUUCUGAGGAGAGGGAUGUGGCUAAUUACGAGAAGAAUGUGCAGGCCUGGGAAGCAGAACGCAUGCAACUUGUCCAGAGAGAGGAAAUGAUGAGAAGAAAAGCAGAACAGGAGCAUUUGGCCACGAAAACAGCCCAAGCAGUUCACUGACACACUCGGAGAGAAGAGAGAUUUCAUUUCAUGUGUAUUUUAAGUGGCUACGGCAUAAAACUUUUCUGUUUUUUUUUUUUUUUUUACUCCACACCCUGUCAAAGUUUGAACAAUAAUAAUAAAAAAAAAAACUAGGAUUUA